CAGACGGGAUUACAAUCGCCGUGCCGUCGCUUGUUCUUCCUCGCAUUUGCAGGUGAUGCCGGUCGCAAACGGCAGUUCGGAGCGAAAUCGCACUCGGGCUGAGGAUCCCGAGGGCGUCACGUGGGGCGACGCCGAGGUUGGAGCCGGGCCUAGCCGGUACCGCUCCCGAGCUUUCCCCCAUGACGGCCGGCUCUUAAUCCCCUCCGUCGCCAACUCUUUUGUUCCAUUGAGCAGCAGCAACCACAAUGUCGGCACUACGGAUUCUUGUCCCCGUGAAGCGGGUUAUCGACUAUGCGGUUAAGCCCCGAGUCAACAAGACCCAGACGGGCGUCGAGACGGCCGGCGUCAAGCACUCGAUGAACCCCUUUGACGAGCUUUCCGUCGAGGAGUCAGUGCGCAUCCGCGACCAGAAGCGCGCCCCCGGUGGCGUGGAGGACAUCUGCAUCAUCUCGGCCGGCCCCCCCAAGGCGCAGGACGUGAUCAGGACAGCCAUGGCUAUGGGUGCCGACCGCGGCAUCCACGUGGAGGUCAAGGAGGGCGACGACCUUGAGCCGUUGACGGUAGCGAAGCUCCUGUCCAAGGCUGUGGAGCAGCAGAAGAGCAACUUGGUGUUCCUCGGCAAGCAGAGCAUCGACGACGACGCCAACCAGACGGGCCAGAUGCUGGCGGGCCUGCUAGGGUGGCCACAGGCGACCCAGGCGAGCAAGGUCGAGUUCAUCGCCGGCGACGAAGUGGUGGUGACCAAGGAGGUGGAUGGCGGCGUCGAAACGGUCAAGGCCAAGCUGCCCCUCAUCAUCACGACGGAUCUGCGCCUCAACGAGCCCCGGUACGCGAGCUUGCCCAACAUCAUGAAGGCCAAGAAGAAGAAGAUAGAGAAGGCGAAGCUGGCCGACUUUGGAUUGGACAGCUCGAAGCGACUCAAGGUGCUCAAGGUGGAGGAGCCCCCGACCCGACAGGGCGGUGGCAAGGUCGAGGACGUCGGUGGCCUGGUCAGCAAGCUCAAGGAGCUGGGUGCACUGUAAAUGGGGAUUUCGCAACCAUGAAUAUCUAUACCUACCUACCUUGCUCAAAAUACCUCGGCUGGGAUAAAAUAGAGGUCGUU